AAAUUUGUUUUUAAUAUAAUAAAAAUUUGUUCUUGGCCUCUCCGUCUGCCUACUUCUUACAGUCACACUUCACUCGUUCAAUCUCUACUCUGCAAAUUCCAACCAAACACCAAAACCAAAUUCCCCCCCUCGUUCUUCUCGCCCCCCCUUUCUUCCUUAUAGCGAAGCACUGCAUUUGUUCGCUUCUUCUCAGAUAAAUCUUCAAGCUCGAAAUCGUUCAACAAUGGCGUCCGCAGUUCUAUCGCAAUCUAUGCUAUCCCCUCUCAGUUCUUCAUCAUCCCCAAUUUCAAAGAAAACCCUCGAAAAUGCCCUUCCCCUCUCCGUUUCCAUCAAACAACCUCUUCGUUUCUCCAGAUCCCAUCUCUUCUCCGCUCAUUCCAAGAGGGCCCACAAAAGCUUCAUCGUCAAUUCCGCCGCCGCCGACGACGACAGCGCCGCCGCGGAAAUCCCAAUUGAACUGAGGUACCCUGCAUUUCCAUCGGUAAUGGAUAUCAACCAGAUUCGCGAGAUUUUGCCGCACCGGUUUCCAUUUUUGCUGGUUGAUAGAGUGAUCGAGUACACGCCCGGCGUGUCGGCUGUGGCUAUCAAGAAUGUGACUAUAAAUGAUAAUUUCUUUCCCGGCCAUUUUCCCGAGAGGCCGAUUAUGCCUGGUGUGCUCAUGGUUGAGGCGAUGGCUCAGGUGGGCGGCUUGGUUAUGCUGCAGCCAGAGGUGGGAGGCUCUCGCGAGAAUUUCUUCUUCGCCGGAGUGGACAAAGUAAGAUUCAGAAAGCCCGUGAUUGCAGGCGACACCUUGGUUAUGAGAAUGAACCUCGUCAAGCUCCAAAAACGCUUCGGAAUAGCGAAAAUGGAAGGGAAAGCUUACGUAGGCGGCGAAGUCGUUUGCGAGGGUGAAUUCUUGAUGGCUAUGGGCAGCAGUAGUUAAAUCACGCACCCCCAAAUAAUCAUCGUCGGCUCACAACUUUUUUCUCGUCUCACCCCAUGUUUCUCUUUAAUUGUAUUUUCAUGGAUCAAAACCUCUUGUGGCUACCUAUUAUUCUAAGAUUGAUCACAUUCAUCAUUUUUGUAAGAGACAUCCGAUUUUCUUGAAUAUCAUGUUUAAUUUAUGCUA